AUGUCACGGGAAAUGGGAACCUCAAAUAAACCUGAGCCCUCAGUAUCAGUGAGCCAGCCCACGAGUUCACCAUUCAAAACUGAGAUCAGUGAUUUUUUCCAGGCUAGAUGCAUCUUUUUCACAGACGGCCUUCAGCUUGAAGAAGCUCAAACUUCAAAGCUACUGAAAGAACUAAGCAUUUUUAAAGACAUCAAAUUUUCACCCACAGAUAUUGACGCCAUGAUAUUCGGAGAACGCUUUCUUUACCAGAUAUUGUGGGCGAAAGCAAAGUUCAACUUCCAGUUCCUCUUACGCGUUGACGAUGAUUAUUUCAUAUGUAUGGAAAGACUUUUGUACGAGUUACCUUUUAGACCAAAAAACAACCUUAGCUGGGGUGUGUACCAUUGUCAUGAUGAGGAUUUAGUUUACAUGGAUGAAUCAUGGGCGCUGUUUUCUCAAGAUGUUAUCCAGCAGUUUCUGUCUCAAGAUCCUCAGACAAUGUUAUGCCAUCCUUUCGGAGAUCAAACUUUUACUUUGUGGAUAAACGCGUCAACUCUAAAUCUUAACGAUUUUAAUGAUCACAGACUCCAUUACUGGCCACCUGCAGGUAAAUUGGAGAAGUUUUAUUCUAUUAAGAAUGUUUGUGACAAGUUCCUGGGAAUACAUGGCAGUUACCCGGAUGUAAUGCGGUAUUUGUGGUUAAAUAAUAAUGAUAGCCGCAAGGAUAUAACUGAUCUAACGCUAUUAAGAGAGUCUUGCUUUUUCCAAAAGGUUUUCGACGUCAAUAAAUUUAAAGGAGUAUAUGGUCACAAGCCAAGACGUUGUCUGGAGAAACCUCGCUGGGUUUCGAUGCUUAAGUCUUGGGCAGGCAGUGAGAGUCUUGAGUUAACAAGAUAA